CUUUGACAGGUCAGCGCCACCUGGUGAGGGAAAAUCGCGAAAGAAUUUUCCUGUCUUCCUUUUCCUGUGAUUAUUUAACAUCUGUCAUCUGAAAAUUAUAGGUUUUUCGCGGCCUGUGAGUGAAUUUUAAUCAGUAUGGCUGUGAGGUUGUUCUCCAAAUUGAGGGUUCUACCCCAAGUGCAGGCGACGUACGCGAGCUCUGCUGCAGCGCCCGCUACUUUGUCAGAUUUCGAUCUUCAGCACAAAACUCCAGUUAUCAGGAAACAAACGCUGAUCCCGAAGGCCCAGUAUGGUGGAAGACACGCAGUUACUAUGCUCCCAGGCGGUGGCAUCGGUCCAGAAUGCAUGGGCUACGUCAGAGACAUUUUCAAGUACAUCGGCGCUCCCGUAGACUUCGAAGUAGUGGAUAUCGACCCCACAGUAGACAAUGACGAUGAUGUCCAGUAUGCUAUCACUACGAUCAAGAGGAACGGUGUGGGCCUCAAGGGCAACAUUGAAACCAAGAGCGAGGCGGCGUACGUGACGUCACGCAACGUGGCUCUCCGCAACGAACUUGACAUGUAUGCAUAUGUGCUGAACUGCAAAUCCUUCCCCGGGGUGGCGACGAGGCAUAAGGACAUCGAUGUGGUCAUCAUCAGACAGAACACAGAAGGCGAGUACGCCAUGUUGGAACACGAAUCAGUGCAAGGAGUCAUCGAGUCUAUGAAGGUGGUCACUGCUAGCAACUCGGAACGCGUGGCGAGGUUCGCCUUCGAAUUCGCCAGGAAGAAUGGCAGGAAGAAGGUGACCACAGUCCACAAGGCCAACAUCAUGAAGCUGUCCGACGGCCUCUUCCUGGAGACUUCCAGACGCAUGGCCAAGGAGUAUCCGGAGAUCGAGCACAACGACAUGAUCAUCGACAACUGCUGCAUGCAGCUCGUGGCCAAGCCCCACCAAUUCGACGUGAUGUUAAUGACCAACCUGUACGGGUCUAUCGUGUCCAACGUUGUCUGCGGUCUUCUGGGAGGAGCUGGUCUGCUCUCCGGCAGAAAUUAUGGUGACCACUACGCUGUGUUUGAGCCUGGCACUAGGAACACCGGUACCGCAAUCGCCGGCAAAAACAUCGCCAACCCAAUCGCGAUGAUCAACGCAUCCAUCGAUAUGCUAGAACACUUGGGACAUCACUUCCACGCCGAUAUGAUCCGCCGCGCUGUCGACAAAACGAUCAAUAUCGAUAGAAUUGUCACACCUGACGUUGGAGGCACUGCUUCGUCUACCGAAGUCGUUCAGUCUAUCAUGGGCAACAUUGGACUGGAUCAUUAGAUUGCCAGUGUGAAAAAUUCAGUUUAAUAAAAAACCUGACUCCAAUAAUUCAAAAAAACAUCUAAAUCGGUGUAUUCGUUUACCAGCUACGAUGUAACACCCUCUGUGAAAUUGCCAGGGGUGAAAAAUUUGCCACUUUUAUGGGUAAAAUCGCAGUGCUGAUUUUAGAAAGAACAAAUGUGUCAUUUUUUUAAUAAUUUUAAUUCUGCUGGAAUUUUUAGAUCUCUAAUAAUAUUGUAAUCUGUAUUUGCAAUGUUAUAUGAAAAAAAUGUAAGAUAAUGUUGCCAUAUUAAAAUGUUUGCUGACAAUGUUGCCUUAGUAUAAUAAUGUACAAUUUUAUUAUUACAGUCCUUUUAAAGAUACCUUACAGAUGGCAACAUACAAUUUAUAAUU